AUGCCACCAAAAGCCCACCUACAAAACGAGUUUGUCGAUGUGCUCGAGCAAAUUGAACGCAAUGAGGAGGUUGACGGUCAUUACCAGUUCACGGGUACCGUUAUUCUGUAUCGAAAAGAUAACAACCUGUACCACGCGAUCUCGGAAUCUCGAUUUUCCUCCACUUCAGACGUGCGGGCGGACCAUCUCACCAACAGCAUCCUAAUACCAGCUGCGGUCUACUGCCCUCCGUUCCCACCCCACUUCACGCGUGCGGCUGAGCCGCUUCCUAGCGACUACUUUGUCAAAACCUGGCGGAUCAUCUUUUGGCUGAGGUGGAGAUAUAUGAAAUCCUUAAGCAACACCCGCAUCCGAACAUUGUGA